AUCCGCCCCUGUGUCUUGAUAGAUGACUUGUGUAUAUCGAGAUAAUUUGGUAUACGUGUUAAACACAGCUACAAAAAAUGAAGAGUGUAAAAGCAUACACAUUCCUAUAGACGAGACUGGCCUUUGACGAGUCUGAAUAUUCACAAACCCGGCCAGUCUUAAGUGGAUGUUAAGGCAAACAAACCAACUUCUAUCAUGUUAUUCUACGUUCUUCUGGGCUGUUUUGCAUUUUUGGUGUAUGCUUUUAUCAAAAAAUACACAGAUGAGAAGUCAAGGAUAAUCGCAAAGAUCCCAGGACCUAAAGGAAUACCCAUCGUCGGGAAUGCACUCCAAGUCGACUUGGAAAAUAUUCACAAAGAUUUACUAAAAUGGGCUGAGGAGUAUGGUCCAAUCUUCAAGUUGAAUUUUGCCGGGGAAAUGAUAGUUGUACUUAACACCUUUGAUGCCAUCUACGAAGCUCUUGUCACAAAAUCAGCGGAUUUCGCCGGUCGAGCAAACGAUACCUUCAGAGUUAAAAUAAUGACAGAAGAUGAUGACGUCAUAUUUCAAGACUAUACAGAAAAAGUUAAAUACAUGAAAAAACUCAUGCUUCAGGGUCUAAAGAUGUACGGUGAGGAACGGUCCAAUAUAGUAAAGAUCACACAAACUGAGAUAAACUUGUGUAUGGAUAAAUUUGCCGCCAAAAUUGAUAAGCCGUUCAAUUAUGACGACGCUGUUGACACGAUGAUCUUGAAGAUUCUAACUGAAGUGAUAGGCGGAGUUCAGUUACCUGACGAUCACCCUCUUAUCAAACGAAUUACCGAGGUGACAGGUAAAUCUAUAAGAGUAAUGUCAGCGGGCAAUGGUGAAGAACUAGACAUAUUUCCAUGGCUACGUUUUUGUGGGAAUCGUUGUUAUAAACUAAUGAUGGAGGCAUGUAGAUUAAAAGCUAGUGCAUAUGCCGAUUUGCGGACAGAAUGUGAGAAAUCGCUUGAAUCUAACCAAAGUGUCAUAGGAGUUUUCAUAAAGGCGCAGAGAGACCCCUUAACACCGCACCAAAUAUCAGAUUCUAACGUCAUUCAGGUGGCAUGGGACCUCAUUGGUGCAGGAUUAACCACGACUAAAGGCACAAUCUCUGGGUUGUUUCUUCUACUGAUGAAACAUCCAGAUAUACAGGCAAAACUUCAGGAAGAGGUAGACCAAGUUGUCGGCAAAGACCGGAAUCCAAGUGUAGACGAUAAAGAAAACAUGCCGUACCUUCAAGCGACGCUUAUCGAAGUGUUACGUUAUUUGACGCAUGUGCCGAUUGCUGUCCCUCAUAAAACUCUGGCAGACACAAACGUUGCAGGAUAUGAUAUCCCAAAGGGAAUACAGGUUUGGACGAACAUAUUUGCGAUGCACCACGAUCCCUCAUUGUUUCCUGAUCCAUGGCAGUUUAAACCAGAACGUUGGUUGGAUGAUGACGGUAAACUGGUAUCUUUGGAGGAACGAAACAAAACCAUUUCAUUUGGAACUGGUCGACGUGUUUGUGUUGGGGAACAAUUUGCAAGAACCAGAUUAUUCCUGUUCUGUGCUUCAUUGAUGCAGAAAUUCACGAUUUGUCCACCAGAUGGCUCUCAAAGUCCGUCACCUGAUCCACGUGACUUUUUACUCGGAAAUGUACUCCAUCCUGUGCCAUUUCAAAUUAAAGCAAUAGCGAGACUGUGAAUCAAAGCCAGUAAUCUAAAUAUAGAGCAAUAUGAAACAUCAUCUACUUUAUAAAAUUAUUAGAGGUCCUCAAUUUGAAAAUGAAAUCUAUUUUAAUCACUGUUCCAAUUCACCAGUGAUAUUAUUUAUUUAAAUAAGCUGUCAUACAUAAUUGGAUCUUGAUAUUAACCAAAUAUAUAAAAAUUUCAUCGCAUUUUUCUAUUAUCAUCGGAGUGUGAGUAGAGUUAUUUAAAAAAAUGACUUUUAACUGCCACGUGAAAAAUUGAAGUUUUUUCACAAGUGUAAUCUUUGUUGGUUAACGACUGAAUCUGUAUAGGGGCGCUUGCAUGUAAGCAGCGAGUACAAUUGACCUACCAAUAUAU